UUGUUAUUAUAAAAAUUAUUAUUUAAUUUUCAUAUGUUCAUUCCACUUUUCUCCUUUUAAAAUGAACCGUUAUCUUUUUAAUAUUUUUGUCCCCUUACUAUUAUUUUUUAAUUUUAUUAAAGGAGAUUAUAAGCCUGAUUGGACUUCGAUUGAUUCUCGCCCUGUGCCUCUUUGGUUUGACGAUGUAAAAUUCGGAAUUUUUUCGCAUUGGGGAGUUUAUUCAGUGCCUGCUUUUGGUUCAGAAUGGUUUUGGUAUUACUGGAAAGGAACAAAAGAUCCAGCAUACCAACGUUUUAUGGAAAAUCAUUUUCCAAAUGGCACUACAUAUGCAGAUUUUGCCAAAAUGGAUUUUGAUGCUCAACAAUUUGCUGAAAUUAUUAAAGCUUCGGGAGCUCGUUAUUUUGUGUUGACUUCUAAACAUCAUGAAGGCUUUACUCUGUGGCCGAGUUCAACCAGUUGGAAUUGGAAUUCUGUUGAUAUUGGUCCUCAUCGGGAUUUGGUGAACGAAUUGUCUGUUGCUGUACGUUCUAAGGGUGUUCAUUUUGGGUUAUACUUUUCUAUGUUUGAUUGGUUCCAUCCGUUAUAUUUGAGAGAUAAGGAGACAAAAGGCUAUGAAUUUCCGAAGACUGUUUCGAUUCCGCAGUUGUGGGAAAUUGUUAAUAAUUAUCAUCCUGAAGUGAUUUGGAGUGAUGGGGAUUGGGAACAAUCGGAUGAAUAUUGGCAUUCAAAAGAAUUUCUUGCUUGGCUUUAUAAUAAAAGUCCCGUGAAAGAUGUUGUUGCUGUAAAUGACAGAUGGGGAAAGGGAAUGGCUGGACAUCAUGGAGGUUUUAUGACUUAUGCUGAUCAUUACGAUCCUGGACAUUUGCAACCACGAAAAUGGGAGAAUUGCAUGACUCUGGAUAAGCGUUCUUGGGGAUAUCGUCGAGAUAUGAAGCCCUCAGAUGUCCAUUCUUUAAAUGAUUUAAUCACACAACUUGCCCGUACAAUUUCUUGUGGUGGAAAUUUGUUGUUAAACGUUGGUCCAACAUCUCACGGACAAAUCGUCCCAAUCUUUGAGGAACGUCUCAGACAAUUAGGCCAAUGGAUUGGAAUUAAUCAAGAAGCUAUAUAUGGAAGUAAACCUUGGAUACAUCAAAGCGAUGGGGAUUAUAUUUGGUAUACCAGUAAAGUUUUGGACAAUUCGGGUAUGGAUCCUCACAGACUUUACAAUCAACAACAUAUGCAUAACACUGUGAUUUAUGCUUUUGUUCUUCGCAUUCCUCGUUUGGGUCGUUUUCAAUUGGAUUCGGUUAAGAUUACCGACAAGACUAGAGUUUCGAUUCUGGGUACUUCAAUCAAAGUUCCAUACAAAAAGACAGCACCAACUUUGUGGGUAGAUUUGAGCCCAAUUCAAUGGCAGGAUUUUCCUAGUGUUGAAGCUAUAGUUUUAAAAAUUGAAUAUGCUGCUACCUCUAAUGCUCAGCCGUUCAUUGAUCUCGUGCACAAUAACAACACAAAUUCCGCGCGCAGUGAAAGGAUUAACACGAGUCGUUCUUCUCUUUCAUCUUCCUCCUCCUCUACAUCUGAUGAAGAGAAUGAUGAUGAUGUUGAGAGAGAGCCAAAUUUGGCGUCAAUUGUUGGUGAGCGAGAUUGGGGAACAGAGUUUUGA